UGGAGGCGGAGAGCCCCCGGUGAAUACAUGCCCGGAGCUCACUCUUCUCCCUUCAGCCUGGUUUCCCCAUUGUGUGGCACCUCCUGGAAGCCAGAGGGCAUGGGAGAGCCCACUGCUGCAGUCCAGGCAGAAGGAAGUAGAUGUGGAUAAAGGUCCCUACAAGCCAGAUGAUGGAUACAGAAGACACUCAAAAUGUAACUGAACUAGCUCUAGCUUUAGCCAAGAAUGCCAUCGCUGCUGCUAUCAAGUCCAUGGAAGAAGCCGAAAACCCCAUCAAAAAUAUCGACUGGAUCACACAGGGUGAAUUCACAGAAGAAAGGGGCCGUAAACAAAUUGAGGAGUUCAUUUCGAACUGGGAGUAUCAAGGCCGCUGGUUGCACUACACAGAGUUUUUAAAGAGGGAAGAUGUGAUUCACAGCUUCCACUACAUCUACUGUGUACACUGGAGCAUCCCAACUGCUCGGAGACCCAUAGCACGAACCACUGCCAGUGUCUACUUCACCAUCAAGAUCAACACAAACAAACCUCCGGAUACACCCAUUGAUGUCUCUUACGUCUUUGAGAGCCAUUCAUGUGUUCACAGACCAGGAAUGACUCACUUUCAAGAAAAACACCUGAGGGACAUUAUUGAGGCCAAAUAUAUUUUAAUGAAUUCAAAUAUCUUCCAAUUCAACAGUGUCAGAAUCUUCCAGAAUAUUUUAGGAAUAGAUUUCUCAUCGGAGUGUGUUAAAAAUACGAUACUGCACAUCAAACCACGGAAUAUUUAUUGAAUAAUAAACUUGUGGCACACAAUCCAGCUGCAUUGGUUUUCUUUGCAUUCAUUCAUUUUCCAGUUGGCAACUUCCAUCACAUUAGCAGAGUAACCAGUAAGUUGUCUUCUAUUUUUUUUUUAAAUUUUAUUUAUUUAUUUAUUCAUUUGUUUUUGGCUGUGUUGGGUCUUCGUUUCUGUGCAAGGGCUUUCUCUA